AUGACACUGCCCAUGUGUGCGGGGUAUGAUGUAGAUUCAUCUGCUAGAACACUCGCGAAACGUCUAGAGGAUAUGCAAUCUCUUGAAUCACCUACAGAGGAUCAACAAACCAUCGGCAAUGGAGCGACAUUAAAGGGUAGCGCAACUGACUUGACAGUACUUAAUUUUAAGCAUACAUUACCGCAAUUGCAUGAAAACAACGAUGGAUGGUCACAUGUUACGCGUUGUCAAGCUUGUGUAUCCGCAAAUACCGAGCUGGAGCCUAAAAUAAAGUCACUGUCGGCAACUCAGUACGAGCACUUCUUCUCGGAGCAAGCCAGACAGUACGACGAAUUGCACAGGCAAAUCCAUCAACUGUUGGAAUUACUCGCCGACGGACCUGAAAGAAACGCUCGCGAUUCGGAAGCGAAACAAAUGCUAGACAGAAUACACAAUCUUAUUAACGACAGUAUAGAUGAGGCGUUGCAAAAGCACGGGACCGGCGCCAGCACUGGCGCGAAACGUAGAAGACAACUACCGCCUGCAGCGCACUCUAUACUCAAGAAGUGGCUGUACGAGAAUCAGGACUGUCCAUAUCCAUCAGAUGAACAGAAGCAGCAACUUGCCGAGGAGUGCCAGCUUGAGAUACAGCAAAUACGGAAUUGGUUCGCUAACACCAGAAAUCGGAAACGCCACUUAUUCGCACAGACGAAAACAUAG